UCGUAGCCGGGACUCGGGAGGCAUGGCAGAGGUCAGGAGCAUCGGAGUGGUGGGCGGCGGUCAGAUGGGUUCGGGAAUCGCCCAACUCGCCGCCGUGCACGGCGUCGACGUUUGGCUUCACGACACCGACGCCGAGGCUCUUACCAGAGCCACCAAAUCCAUCUCCACUUCCAUCCAACGUUUCGUCUCCAAAGGACAGCUCUCUCAGGAAGUAGCUACUGGUGCUCUGCAACGUCUACGAUGUACCUCAAAUUUGGAGGAACUUUGUUCUGCAGAUGUUAUAAUUGAAGCAAUCGUUGAAUCUGAGGAUGCCAAGAAAAAAUUAUUUUCUGAAUUAGAUAAGCUUGCAAAGGGUUCUGCCAUUUUAGCAUCUAAUACAAGUUCUAUUUCCAUUACUCGUCUAGCUUUUGCAACUAGCAGACCAUGCCAGGUUAUUGGUAUGCAUUUUAUGAAUCCUCCUCCUAUUAUGAAACUGGUUGAGAUUGUGAGAGGUGCAGAUACAUCAGAAGAAACUUUUAAUUUGACAAAGGCCUUGGCAGAGAGGUUUGGCAAGACUGUGAUAUGCUCUCAGGAUUAUUCUGGGUUCAUCAUAAACCGGGUUCUAAUGCCAAUGAUUAAUGAAGCAUUUUUCACACUCUAUACUGGGGUGGCAACAAAGAAGGACAUUGAUACAGGAAUGAAGCUGGGAACAAACCAUCCAAUGGGUCCUUUAGAGCUUGCAGAUUUCAUUGGUUUGGAUGUCUGUUUGUCAAUAAUGAAAGUUCUUCAUGCUGGCCUAGGGGACAGUAAAUAUGUUCCCUGUCCUCUUCUCCAGCAGUAUGUUGAUGCAGGUCGCCUUGGGAGAAAACGAGGAAUUGGGGUUUACAACUAUCGUAAAGUAACAGGAGCAACCAACCUAUCAUCUCGAAUUUGAACCUUCGGCAUUUUGAGAUUAUUGAGCUACUCAACAUAAUGCCUUUGUAAAUAAUGCUUUUGUAUAUUUGAUCUGUCUUAAGAUGAUAUGGGCAACAAAUGCCUACGAUGUCAAUUACAGAAACCAACAGAAAAAGGAAGGAGGUCCUCAAGCAAAACCAGCAUUUGGAUAAAAAGUAACACAAACUUGGUGAAGCAAACUUUUCAAGAAGAAUAUUCAAGUUGUUGUUUAAGUGUCUAAAUCCUUCAUAACUCAACCUUCAGGUAUGUUGACUCGGUUCAAAAGGAUCCAAAGAAGGGGUGUACGUAUUGGGAUAGGUAUGUUGGUGAUCUUCUACCAACCAAGUUUCAUCAAUACCUCUUGGAAUCUUUGCUCACAUCCUUUUUCAAAUAUAUGUAAUUAAAAAUUAUUUCAUUUAUUUUAAUUCCUCCAUAUAAAAAUAAAAUAAUUUAAAAUUAUAUAAAUUUAUAACUAAUUUUAAUUAUAUUUAUUUUUUUAUUUUAAAAAUACAAGAAUAUAAACUUUUUGUGGUUUUGCUAAGUUUAUAUUCAUCGAAGCUUGAAGCAUUGAAAAUUAAGACUUCAGGCACACCAUGUGCCUUGCAAAUUAGGACUAUGUCUUUGUCUUCAUAGUCUACCCUUUCGGAUGCCUUUAAUAUGGCAUUAAGGACAAAUUUGGCCUCCUAAAAUUCACCGAAGUCAAGUGUUAGGAAAUCAUUCUUCCUUGAAAUUAUAUCCAAAUGCAACUAUGAAAGUCCCUUUUUCCAAAAGUUGUAGGCCAGUGUGAGGCCAAUAAGUCAAUCCCUGAUACAAAAUUGAUGAUUGAUUUGCAAUCUUGUCAAUUAAGGUAAUCUUCAUUAACUUACGGGUUAAGAUUUGUCUAUCUCAAAACACGAUGAUAAAUGAGCAAGAUGAAAAGGUGAAAAACAUAAUUGCGUUUAGAUUCUUGUUGAUUAGCAAAAGUUUUAAUACAAACAUGUUAAUGUAAAAACAUAAGUGUAAGACCAAUCGUAUGCAAAAAUACAUAAAAUUUUAAUACAGUUCAAUCUACUAUGACUAUAUCCACAUAUAAGAAAGAUUGUUUUACUAUAUUGUAAAGAAUAUUAUAAAUAAUACAAAACAAACAUUUUAUAGUAUUUCAUUUUAUUUAUCCACAUCUUGAAUUAUUGGUCUUCUCACUUUAUUUUAUCUACCAUACGUAAUUUUCACGGUUCAUCUAUCUUCAUCUCAUAAUUUUUUCCCCCUCUUGUCAAAAUCUCGUGGUCUAUGAAAAUUGAACGUAAGAUCAAUGUUUCAUACUGCUUGCCAGCCCUGCAAUCUUGUGAUAGAGACAAAGAAUUCGAAAAGGAGUCCUCUUUUUUCAAUGGAAAUGGCCAACCAUGUGACACAAAAGUAGAGCCUAUUGAAGAGUGCAUUAAGUUCAUUGCUGAGCAUGGGUAGCCCCACCACAUGACCUCCCCCCCCACACCCUAAAGCUGGCAUUAUUAUGCAUGAUCUUUAUUUCUGAAAGUGACUGAAAUGGAAUCCAAUUGAUAAUCAAUAAACAAACAAAUUAUUAAAAAUAAAUAAAAAAGGAUGGGAAUGGAGAUAAGAGUAGGAUCUAUAACUUCAAUUCCUUCCAAUACAAACUGGUUUCCGGCUGCAUUUUGAGUACUGCAGGGAAGGCAGCAGAACUGCAGAAGCCAUGAAGUUCUUGUUUCAGUGCCCAUGUUGCUCUUGUUUCUGCUUCAUGAAGCCCAAGAAGGGGAAACCAGCAGUGAAGCAAGCAGCCAAUGCAGCAACUGAAGCUACAAAGGAAUCUAAGGUGGAGACGAAGGUAGCUGCCAAAGAAGCCAAGGCAGACUGAUAAUUAUAUGACUAUAUCAACACCCCAUCAGCCAAUUAUCAGAAUGGAAACUAUUCUGAUUAGUAUUUAUUUUUCUUCUUCUUCUUCUUCUUCUUCUUCUUCAUCUUUGUACUGAAUUGUAUGGAGUUUGAUCUUAUGGAAAUGCCCACCUCGAGAUCCCUUCAGAACUGUCUCUUUCCUCUGGUUGUCAGUGCUACUGCAUAUUCAAAAAUAAAUUGUGAUUUUGACCAAUUUGCCUA